AGCGUCAUUUUAAGUGUAUAAAAUGCGGUUUUUGUUGAAAUUAUAUGCAAAACCAAGACUAGUAAAAGGAAAUUAAGGACGUUACGUUGGGUGUGUGCAUUCAUAAACGGUCCGUCUGGAAACCAACUAUCAACAAAGCUAAGGUUUACUGCACCUGGAAAUGAUUAAUCAAACAGAGAAAUGGAAGACCAGACAACUCCUGUAAGGCAGCAACAUGUAUUUAAUGUCGACAAGCUUCAACGAUACCUCACUGUCAAGUCACUGGUGUCAAAUAAUGGGACCCUAACAGUCAGACAGUACAGCUCUGGGCAGUCCAAUCCUACUUUCUUAGUCCAGACACCUUCAAGGAGCUAUGUUCUGAGGAAGAAACCACCGGGUGAGCUGCUGCCAGGCGCUCACAAGGUGGACAGGGAGUAUCGGGUGCAGAGGGCCCUGUUCUCAGCGGGUUUCCCUGUUCCCCAGCCUCUCUUACACUGCACGGAUAAUGAUGUCAUUGGAACUGAGUUUUACAUAAUGGAGCAUAUAAAGGGGCGUAUAUUCAGGGAUCCCAGGCUGCCUGAAGUGACUGCAGCAGAGAGAACAGCUCUAUAUGUGGCAGCAGUGGAAGUGCUGGCAAAACUGCACUCAUUGUCAUUGACGUCACUGAAACUUGAAGGAUAUGGGAAAGGACCAGGAUACUGUAGGAGACAGGUGUCCACCUGGACAAAGCAGUACAACGCAGCAGCGCACAGAGAUAUUCCAGACAUGAACGGGCUUUCUGAUUGGCUAAUGAAGAACUUGCCAGCGGACGAUAACGAAGUAACGCUUGUCCAUGGAGAUUUCCGGCUGGAAAACAUGAUAUUCCAUCCAACCGAGGCCCGCGUCAUAGCAGUGUUAGACUGGGAGCUGUCUACCACUGGGCAGCCCAUAGCCGACCUGGCCUACUUCCUCAUGCCUCUCUACUGGCCCACAGGCUUCAACAUCAUCAACACAUUAGGCAGUUUAAAAGGAAUAGAAGGUAUCCCAUCUGUGGAAGACGUCGUUUCCAUUUACUGCCGCUGCCGAGGGAUAUCGUCUGGGUUGCCAGGGCUGAAUUUCUACUUGGCUCUGUCUGUCUUUAAAAUGGCAGGAAUCGCCCAGGGUGUGUAUGCUCGCCACCUACUGGGUAAUGCCAGUGCUCCAAAUGCAGCUCUGUUUGGCCAGUGUGUGGAGCCUUUAGCUAAGAUUGCCUUGCAGCUUGCUCAGAGGUCUUUCACAGCUCCAACAGAAGACCAACUGUUCCUUCAGACAGCUAAAGGCCAGGCUGUUCUCCAGCAGGUCAAAGACUUCAUGAGACAAUACAUUCUUCCUGCUCAGGAGGAAGUUGCUGAGUACUACGUCAAGCACGCUCAUUCUCCUCAGAGGUGGCACACUCCCCCAGUUAUAGAAGAUCUGAAGGCGAAAGCAAGGGAGGGCGGGCUGUGGAACCUGUUCCUGCCUUCGGUCAGUGGUCUCAGUCAGCUGGACUAUGCCUUUAUUGCAGAGGAAACUGGACGUUGCCUCUUUGCCCCUGAGGUCUUCAACUGCCAGGCUCCUGAUACAGGAAAUAUGGAGGUGCUCCACAUGUUUGGCAGUGAGGAACAGAAGAGAACAUGGCUGCAGCCUCUGCUCAAAGGGGAGAUCCGCUCCUGUUUCUGUAUGACAGAGCCAGAUGUGGCCUCCAGCGAUGCUACCAACAUGGAGUGUACUCUUCACAGGGAUGGAGAAAGUUAUGUCAUCAACGGCAAGAAAUGGUGGAGUAGCGGUGCAGGCAACCCUCAGUGUAAAGUGGCCAUUGUUAUGUGCAGGAGCAGAUCUGAAGACGUUGGCAGGCACGGCCAACACAGUAUGAUCCUUGUACCGAUGGACACAGUGGGUGUAACUCUGGUCAGACCACUCACUGUGUUUGGACAGGAUGAUGCCAUUCACGGUGGCCACUUCGAAAUCCACUUCAAUAACGUACGUGUUCCUGCAUCCAACAUCAUUCUGGGAGAAGGCCGGGGGUUUGAGAUUGCUCAAGGGCGUCUGGGGCCAGGCAGGCUGCACCACUGCAUGAGGGCUGUUGGCCUGGCAGAGCUGGCCCUGGAGCUGCUCUGUCAGCGGGCCGCUUCCAGAGGCACGUUCGGAAAGAAGCUGUACCAACAUGAAGUGGUUGCUCAUUGGAUAGCAGAGUGUCGCCUCCUGAUAGAGCAGACCCGCCUGCUGACUCUUCAUGCUGCUCAUUGUCUGGAUACACAGGGCAGCCGGGCGGCACGGAAACAGAUUGCUAUGAUUAAGGUGGCAGCAGCCAGGAUGGUCUGUAAGGUAACAGAUUGUGCAAUCCAGGUAUACGGAGGUGCAGGCGUGUCUGGAGACUUUCCACUCGCACAGAUGUAUUCAUAUGCACGGACUCUGCGCAUUGCUGACGGGCCGGAUGAAGUGCACCUCUCCUCUAUCGCUGUUCUAGAACUGAGGGACCAACUAAGGAAGGCACAGGCCAAGCUAUGAAGUUCUGGACAUCAUGAGCUUUUACCGAAGUGCAAAAAAAAUAUUACAAUGAUUUGUUGCAUUUUAACAAAUAUCAGUAAUUUUUUUUGCCUUAACUGCUUUUGUAACUUAAUCAAAAACACUACCAAACCACAGCUAAUGUAAAUAAUAACAAAUGUAAUCAAAUUGAAGCUAUUUGUAAAAAAAAAAAAUCAUUUCAUAAAUUAAAAAAAAGAAACUUAUUUAUUAGGAAUUCUUUUUUAAUGUGAUCUACAAAAACGAAAAAUGACAGCAUGAAUAUAAGACUAUUGUCAUCACACUCUGUAUGGGUGUGGUCUACCACAUGGAUGAUUUCCAUUGGGAGGUGAUGGGGAGUCAGGACACACAAGCACAUUACUUUUUUUUUUUUACAAUAUAAAACAGCAAUGGCCCCAUCCAUUUGAUACACCAGAUGGCAACCCAUGCAACACCCUGCACUCACCUCCAUC